CACACCCUCACACACACACACACACACACACAGCAUCUACUUUGUUCACACGCUCCCUCCAAAGCUACCAGAGAGCCUCCACCACCUCCGCUCUGCGCUUCUCCAUCACACCGCGCGUCCUGCCGGCUGUGCGCACUUCCACUCCCCCUGUCCGAUCCGGAGCUCCAACCGGGGACUCAAUUUCAACUGAAACACCCAUUUGGACUUGACACAAGGAUAAAGUAGGAAUAUGUCCUGUAAAAUCAUGGCGGGUAUGAAGCUGUCGGACGAACAGGUCCAAGUGCUGGAGGAGAGUUUUAAAGCCCGCAGAUAUCCGGACGAGACAUCGCUCAUGUUGAUCGCUGCGGAGUGCGGGCUGACAGAGGAGGAGACAAUAAAAUGGUUUAAGCUGCGAAACGCUCAGUGGAGGCAGGCGGAGGGUCUCCCAGCCGACCUGGGGAAGGUGUUCGACUGAAGGCUCUGCUGGACCCCCCCCCGACGCUCUGCCCUGACAUUGCUUCCUCUCUUGGACAUACUUACCCC